CUUGAAGACUUGCCAUGGCUAUCUUGAUUAAAGAGUUUAUGUAGAUGUUUCAUAACUAGAUCGGCCUUGCUGAAUCAGAAUCUUACAAUGCAAGGAAGUGACUGCAGCGCAGUCCAUCACAGACAUAUCUCCAUACAUAUAUCAUCGAUCGAUCGGAUAAAAGAAAUCGCCGAGAGCAGAAAGAUGAUGUGGGAACCUACAGAGAGGGAGAACCAUGUCGCAGAGCGCGGGCUCGUCCCCGUCAACGGCGGUGACGAGGUGCAGGUGCAGCACGAGCACGGCGAGGCUAAGAUGGACGGCUUCGUGCGCAGAGACCAGUCAUGGUACGCUAGCAGUGAUAUCCCCAGUGAUCUACUCGUCAAGGUAGGAGGCGUCAACUUCCACCUCCACAAGCACCCCAUGGUCUCCCGGAGCGCCCGCCUGGCCCGACUCGUCGACGAGGCAUCGGCCCUGCUCGGCCCCGACGCCGUCUUCGUCACCGUGGUUGACCUGCCUGACCUGCCGGGCGGCCACGGCGCGUUUGAGCUGGUCGCCAAGUUCUGCUACGGCAUCAUGGUCGAUAUCAUGGCCACCAACGUCGCCGUGCUGCGCUGCGCCGCCGAGUACCUGGAGAUGACGGAGGACCUGGAGGAGGGCAACCUCGCCUUCCGCGCAGAGGCGUUCCUGGGUUACGUAGUGGCGUCUUCGUGGCUGGACUCCGUCGUCGUGCUCCGGUGCUGCGAGGGCCUCUCGCUGUGGGCCGAGGACCUGCAACUCGUGCGCCGCUGCAGCGAGUCCGUCGCUGCCAAGGCGUGCACCAACACGAGGGCCGUGCGCUGGGCCUACGCUGGCAGGAUGUCGCCCAAGAUGCCGAGGGCCGGCACGUCGAGUGACAGCCGCCAACAGCUCGUGCCGCCGGCUGACUGGUGGGUAGACGACAUCUGCGUGCUAAGGAUCGAUCACUUCGUGCGCGUCGUCACCGCCAUCCAGGCCAAAGGCAUGCGCUGCGACCUCAUCGGCGCCGCCAUCACGCGCUAUUCCUCCAAGUGGCUCUCUGCUGGCAUCAACAAGGAGAGUUCCACAUCGCAUGACAGCGCGCCGUGGACGCAGGCCGGCGUGCUCCAAAUGGUAAUUGCCGGUGAGGGCGAUCUGCAGAAGGAGAUGGCUAAUGAGCAGAGGAUGGUCGUGGAGAGCUUGAUUAGCAUCAUCCCCCCGCAAAAAGAUUGUGUCUCGUGCGGCUUCCUCCUCCGGCUGCUCCGCCUGGCCGUCAUGCUCAAGGCGGCGCCGGCGCUGGUCACGGAGGUGGAGAAGCACGUGGGUAUGCAGCUCGAGCAGGCAGCGCUGCCUGACCUCCUGGUGCCUUCAUACCCCUACGGCCGCGCCGACGCCGCGUACGACGUCGACCUCGUGCAGCGGCUGGUGGAGCAGUUCGUGGUACAGGAGCAGUCGCCGACGGCGGCGCUGUGCAGCGAGGGCCGCGGGAAGGAGAAGCAAGAACAGCAGCAGAACGCGACAGCGCUGCGUGUGGCGCGCCUGCUCGACAGCUACCUCUCCGAGGUGUCCCGGGACCGGAACCUCGCCCUGAGCAAGUUUCAGGCCCUGGCCGAGUCGCUGCCGGAGUCGGCACGCGUCUGCCACGAUGGGCUGUACCGCGCCAUCGAUUCGUACCUAAAGGCGCACCCGGCGGUGACAGAGCACGAGCGGAAGCGGCUGUGCCGGGCGCUGGACUGCGGCAAGCUGUCGCGGGAGGUGCGCAUGCACGCGGCGCAGAACGAGAGGCUGCCGCUCCGCGUGGUGGUGCACGUGCUGCUGUCGGAGCAGGCCAAGAUGACCAGCGCGCUGGCCAAGGUGGGCAAGAAGGAGGAGGACGUCAACGCGUUGAGGCAGCAGGUGGACAGCGUGAACGCCAAGUACAAUGAGCUGCAGCGCGAGGUGGAGCUUCUGCAGAAGCAGGUGGAGCGCAUGCCGCCGCCGUCCGCAGCGGGGAAGCAACAGAGCGUGUCGGGAUGGACCAGCGGGUGGAAGAAGCUCGGAAGACUCGGCAGGAUUCCGGGCGCCAGUGGCAACGAGGGGCAGUCGGUAGUGACCGCAGCGCCCGACAAGGAAGUGAGCCAGGGGCCUCGGCGGAGGAGGAACUCCGCCUCGUGAGCUGUUGUCCAGUGGCUCAUUAGUUCCUGCAAACUUGGUUAAUGUCUCUCCGCUCUAUAAUACAAGUUGUUUAAAAAUAAGUCCAGUUAAACUUUAUAAACUAGACAGUUACCAUCAGGG